AUGAAUCUUGGAGACUCCAAGAGUAAGAGACACGAGUCAAAGGAGGUUAUCUGCAAGCCAGCAUCUCAGGAGACGCGUGCUGUUAGGUUUAUCUCCAGCCUCGUCAUUGAUGAUAAUCCGCCUGGCACCUUUUCAAAAUCAAACGACUUCGGAAACUCUGACGAUUACAUCGCGCCGACUGAAUUAAAGAUAGAAACGGACCCGCCUCACGUCGCACGAAAUAUACGAGAUACUGCGAAAGACAUGGUUGCAAGUCGAGAUGGAGGGAGAAUUGCCAGAAAUUCAGAGAAGGCAGGAGGACGUUACACGACCAUUAGCAAGCCUACGUGUACGAGAACGGAACAAAUAUCAGUGCUCUGCAAUAAGAUUGGUUCAUGUCUGUGA